AUGCCUCAAUUAAUUCCUUUUUAUUUUUUAAAUCAAUUAUCUUUUUCAUUCUUUACUUUACUAGCCUUAAUUUAUAUUUUAUCUAAAUAUAUUUUACCUUUAUUCACAUUUCAACAAGUAAUAAGAAUGUAUAUAACAAAAUUAAGUAACAAAUCUUAA